UUGUAAUUACAUGACAUUAUUGCGUUCCGACCUACGCCUUUCCGAUUCCGGGUUUUAUUAUACCUUCGAGUCAGCAAUAUAAAGAUAACUGUGUAGUAAACGCAAAUUUUGGUUUGAGUUUACUUUAUUUUCUGUAGUGUUACUUUGUAAUAUCUUAUGAUUUAAAUGGGUCGACAUUCAAGACGCUCGGACGAUUUUACAUAUGUUAGUUCAUAUGUAAAGUACAGUCUUUUCUUUUUUAAUGUUGUAUUUUGGUUGUUUGGAGGAACAAUGGUAGGAAUAGGAGGAUGGUCAUUUCUGGAAGAAUACAGUGAAUCUGGCUUACCAGAGGUAAAGAAUGUAUUUGAUGUCCUGCUACAAGUCUCCAUUGUACUGAUGGUGGUUGGUGCAGUUGUUUUCUCCAUAAGCUUUUCUGGGUGUUUGGGUGCUUUGAGGGAAAAUACAUGUCUACUCAAAUUUUAUUCAUUCCUUCUGUUAAUACUUUUCUUGGGAGAACUUGUUCUUGGUACUUUGGCCUUUGUUUUUCCAAACACGUUAACAGAUUGGAUUAACCAAGGAUUGUCUCAAAAACUUGUCGAGAAUUACAGAGAUAAUGCAAAUUUCCAGAACCUUAUUGAUGCAAUUCAAAAAGAAUUUAGGUGCUGUGGUAUUUCAGAUAAAGGAUAUAAAGAUUGGUCUCAAAACCAGUAUUUCAAUUGCUCAGCUGAAAACCCUAGUCCUGAAAGAUGUGCUGUGCCAUAUUCAUGCUGUAGAGAAAAUGCAAAUAGUAAAUCACAGACUGCACUAAAUGAGAAGAUUUAUACAAGAGGUUGUGUAGAAGGUCUGAUGGAAUUUGUGAAGGGAAACUUGUACCUUGUAGCAGGUAUCUGCCUGGGAGUUGCUUUGGUUCAGCUGUUUGCAAUGUAUUUAUCCCGAACACUACUGAAUCAAAUUACUCUACAGCGAGCAAGGUGGGCAUAAAGAGGACUGAUCAUGAAUUUUUAAGUCAGCACAAACCUUUUUCAUAAAGGAAUUGCUAAGGCUGUUUCUUCCAUAUCUAGUCUAUUUUUGUAUGAAUUGAAAUAAUAAAUGUAUUCUAUGAAAAAUAACAAUUUCACUUAAAUACAUACUUGGGUACUUAUUAUAUUUGUUGUCAGUUUUAAGUUCAACCUUGGUUUACACUUGGAGGUCAAAUUAAAAACCAAAGCUUGUCAUUAUAUUAAAGAAAAACUUUCUUUAACUGCAUGUAUUGUAAAAUUAAACAAACUUAUUAAAUGUUUUACUAAAUAACAAUUUUAUUCAGUGAAAAGUGCAGGAAUGCAUUUUGUUCUGUUUUUGAAAUAUACACUGAAAAAAUUGUUUGGUUUUGAAAUGGAAAAUUUAAAAAAAAAUCCAAGUUUUUUUUUCAUGAUUCGUUUGUAAACAUAUUUCAAGCUUCAAAAUGAAUAUUUUUUUUUUCCUAAUAUAAAUGUGUAGAAAAAGUAAUUUGUCUUUUCCUAUGUGGAAAAAUAUUAGUUUGUGAACAAUGUCAGAAAUUAAUGUAAUGAGAAAGAUUCACUGUGGCCAUUGAAGUAUUAUUCUAAUGUCAUAUUCUGUUGAAUGAGAACUGUUAAUGUAAACACUAAAGGGGUUAUUCUACUAUCAGAUUUUAUCUAUUGAGAAAUGUUGAAACUGAAGAAUUAUUCUACUGUCAUAUUUUGUUGAAUGACAACUGUUAAUGUAAACACUAAAGAGGUUAUUCUACUAUCAAAUUUUAUCUAUUGAGAAAUGUUGACACUGAAGAGGUUAUUCCUUUGUCAAAUUUCAUCUAAUGAAAAAAAUACUAAUCUAGACUAAGGAUGCUGUCACGUUUGUCAGGUGAGGUGUCUUGCACACACUGUUAACAUAAGAGUUAAAAUAUUCAUGUUAGCUUCUUUGCUGUGAUGUUAUGUUUUUGGAAAAUUGUUAUUGACUUGCACUAAUUGAGAAAGCUGUCAUUUACUAUUAUUUUGUAAGUAUGUUAGUGAUUAUGUUUAUUUGCUUAUUGAUUUGUGUAGUAUAUUUGACCAAGCUUUAUCAAGGACUAUUUGUUUAUAUUAAAUAAUAAUAAGGUAGAGUGAUAUACAGAUUAUAUCACAAAAUAUUCAGUUUUCAGUAGUCUGAAGAAUUCAGUAACCUGCAAAACCUUUAAUAAAGCUCAAUGUAAAGACAUGCAGUGCAAUUGGAAAUUUGGGGAGAGAGUAUAUACUGUUCUUAAAACUCUGAACUGUAGACAUUGUAUAAUAUCAGCAUGAUAAUAACAAUAUAAAUCAAUCAGUUUAGAAUAUCUAGAUUAAGUUGGUUAUAAUUUCAUUAAUUAUAAACAAGAUUACGACAUUUAUGAUAUACAACAUUGUUUAUUGACAAAAAGGGGACAUGGAUAAACAUUUCUAUCAGAUUCCAUCUUCAGUAUCUAAAGC